AAUGCAUUUUUAUCAUAAGAUUUACUUGAGCUCAAUCUUCAUUGGUUGAUCUGUUUUAUUCAUGUCUUCAGAAUCGAACGCGGAACUGCGUUACAAUGGGAAACAAAACAAGCAGAAGGUCAAAGGAGACAUCGGCUAGGAACUACACAACGGAACUGAGAUCGUACGAGGCAGCAUGUAAAGAAGACAUGGAGAUUCAGUCUUUCGAUAAGCGUAUGCAGGCACGGACGAGUCACGUGAUAAGCACGCUAGCUACAGGCGUUGAGGUUCGAGCGCUCUCGUUUGAUUCCCUCAAAGUAGUGACGGAGUGUUUACUGGACAUGAACCAAGAAGUUGUGAAAGUGAUAUUGGAUAGCAAGAAAGACAUUUGGAAGAAUCAAGAAAUGUUUGAGCUCGUCGAAGAUUACUUAGCGACUAGCUUGAAGACGCUCGACUUCUGUGAUGCUUUGGAGAGAGGCCUGCAACGAGUUCGUGUUAGUCACCUUUUGAUUCUUGGUGCUCUUCAUCAGUUUGAAGAAGAGAACCUUAGUCAAGAUGGGAACGGAUACAAGAAGACACUUGAAGAGCUGAAGAGGUUCAAAGACACAGAGAGACCUUUCGACCAAGACUUCAUUAAGAUGUUCCAAUCUGUUUACAAGCAGCAGAUGCUGAUGCUCGAGAAGCUUCAGCUUUCUAUGGCGGCUCCUCCUGUGGCUGCGGCUCUUGCUGCAGCUAUGGCGCCACUGGGUUCCAUGGGGAAAUGGAUCGACUCACUGUGGAAGAACUAUGAGAAUGCAAUCAAAGGGCAGAAAGAGGUGAUCAGUUCGAUGCAGGCGGGGACAUAUGUGGCGGUUAAGGAUUUAGAUAAUAUCCGGGAUUUGAUUGAACGGUUGGAUAUUGAGAUCAGGGGGAUGGUGAAGAAUGCAGAAUUCGCGGUGGAGCAUGAUGCAGUCAAGAUUGGGAUCAAUGCGAUAAAGAAGAAGCUUGAGGUGUUUCAGAAGAAUGUAGAGGCGUUGGGGACUCAGGCUGAUAUUUGUAGCAGAGAAAUUAUAAAGGCAAGGACCGUAAUUAUCCAGAGGAUCCUUAAUCAUCCCGAUAAUGGUAGUUGCAGCACCUGAAACACACAAAAGGAACUACCCAGUUUCUCUCAUCUUUAGCUUCCUGCUACAAAUUAUGAAAUGCUCAAAGACAAUAAAUAAUAGUACAUAUU